AUGGAGAAACCGUGUAAAUGUGUGGAGUGCGGUAAGGGAUUCAGAUUUCCAUCCAGGCUGGAUGUUCAUUGGCGCAAGCACACAGGGGAGAAACCAUUUACCUGCUCCAAGUGUGAGAAGGGAUUUGCUCGUUUAUCCAGCUUACAGAUACACCAGAGACGUCAUGCCGGGGAGAAAUCAUUCAUCUGCACCACAUGUGGUAAGUGGUUUGCUAAUUCAUCUGAUUUACAUGAACACCAGAAGGUUCACACUGGGGAGAAACCAUUCACCUGCUCUGAGUGCGGGAAGGCAUUUGCUCAGUCAUCCAAAUUACAUGAACACCACAGAACUCACACUGGGGAAAAACCUUUCACCUGCUGUGACUGCGGGAAGGGAUUCACUCAGUCAUCCGCCCUACAUGUGCACCAGCGAAUUCACACAGGAGAAAAACCAUUCACGUGUUCUGAGUGUGGGAAGAGUUUCACUCAGUUAUCCCACUUAGAUUCACACCAGAGAACUCACACUGGAGGAAAACCAUACCUCUGUCCUGAGUAUGGGAAGAGAUUCAUUCGGUUAUCCAACUUACAUCAACAUCAGGGAACUCACAGUGGAGAGAAACCAUUCACCUGCUCUGAGCAAGGGAAGGGACGUGUUCAGACUUCCAAAUUAUAUAAGCACCAGAGAACUCUCACUGGAGAAAAAACGUUUACCUGCUCUGACUGCGGGAAGAGAUUCACUCAGUCAUCCACUUUACGUGUGCACCAACGAAUUCACACUGGAGAAAAACCAUUUGCCUGCCCUGAAUGUGGAAAGGGAUUCGCUCAAUUAUCCAACUUACAUCAACACCAGAGAAUACACACUGGAGAAAAGCCAUUCACCUGUCCUGAAUGCAGGAAGGGAUUCGCUCAGUUAUCUAAUUUACAUCAACACCAGAGAACUCACACUGGAGAAAAACCAUUCACCUGCCCUGAAUGCGGGAAGAAAUUCACUCAGUUAGCGAACUUAGAAUCGCACCAUAGAACGCACACUGGUGAAAGACCGUUCCCCUGUCCUGAGUGUGGGAAGAGAUUCAUUCGGUUAUCCACCUUACAGCAACACCAGGGCACUCAUAAUAGAGAAAUACGGUUCACCUGCCCUGACUGUGGGAAGGGAUUCACUUACUCCUCCACUUUACUUAGGCACCAGAGAACUCACACUGGAGAGAAACCGUUUCCCUGUCCUGAGUGCGGGAAGAGAUUCACUCGGUUAUUCAACUUACAUCAACACCGGCGAACUCACACUGGAGAAAAACCACUGCCCUGUCCUCAAUGUGGGAAGGGAUUGGCUCAGUUUUCCAACUUACAUCAACAUCGGAGAACUAACGCUGGAGAAGAACCAUUGCCCUGUCCUGAAUGCGGGAAGGGAUUCGCUCAGUUAUCCAACUUGCAACAACACCAGAGAACUCAAACUGGAGAAAGACCAUUCACUUGUCCUGAGUGUGGGAAGUCUUUCACUCAGUUCUCCAACUUGCGUCAACACCAGAGAACCCACGCUGGAGAAAAUCUGUUCCCCUGUCCUGAGUGCGGGAAGAGAUUCACUCGGUUAUCCAACUUACAUCAACAUCAGGGAACUCACACAGGAGAAAAAACAUUUACCUGCUGUGACUGCGGGAAGAGAUUCACUCAGUCAUCCACCUUACGUGUGCACCAACGAAUUCACACGGGAGAAAAACCAUUCGCCUGCCCUGAAUGUGGAAAGGGAUUCGCUCAGUUAUCCAACUUACAUCAACACCAGAGAAUACACACCGGAGAAAAACCAUUCACCUGUCCUGAAUGCGGGAAGGGAUUUGCUCACUUAUCCAACUUACAUCAACACCAGAGAACUCACACCGGAGAAAAACCAUUCACCUGCCCUGAAUGCGGGAAGAGAUUCACUCAGUUAGCCAACUUAGAAUCGCACCAUAGAACUCACACUGGCGAAAGACCGUUCCCCUGUCCUGAGUGUGGGAAGAGUUUCAUUCGAUUAUCCACCUUACAGCAACACCGGGGCACUCACAGUAGAGAAAUACGGUUCACCUGCUCCGACUGUGGGAAGGGAUUCACUUACUCUUCCACUUUACUGAGGCACCAGAGAACUCACACCGGAGAGAAACCGUUCACCUGCUCUGACUGCGGGAAGGGAUUCGGUCAGUUAUCCCAAUUGCAUCAACACCAGAGAACUCACACUGGGGAGAAACCGUUUCCCUGUCCUGAGUGUGGGAAGAAAUUCACCCGGUUAUCCAACGUGUAUCAACACCAGAGAACUCACACUGGAGAAAAACCGUUCACCUGCCCUGAAUGCGGGAAGAAAUUCACUCAGUUAGCGAACUUACGUUCACACCAGAGAACUCACGCUGGAGAAAAAAUGUUCAACUGUUCUGACUGUGGAAAGAAGUUCGCUCAGUCAUCCAAAUUAUGUGUACACCAGCGAUCUCACACUGGAGAGAAACCGUUCUCCUGCCUCGAGUGCAAGAGGAGUUUCACUCAGUUAUCUCACUUACGUUCACACCAGAGAACUCACCGUAAACUGUGCACUGUCAGGAAGGGGAGAUCACUUCCAGAGUGAAAGACA